AUGUCCGCCUUCGCAGCCUCGGAUGACCCCGAUGCCCUCGACUACUCUUACAUGGAGCCCGACCAUACGACCAGCACCCCUCCCAUCGGCCCCCCAUCGCAAUCAAUGAGCGCCGACCCCGAAACCUCCCACGCCCGCAGCCGCUCCAACAAUCCCUUACUAGGCGAUGACAACCCACUCGUCUCCGAGCUGGAGCAGGAAGUGCUAGACGAGUAUUCUCGAUUACUCCGGAACGUGAACCAGCUCUCCGAGAAGAUUGGCGAUCUUGCUGGAUCCCCCGCCUCAAUGACCCUUGAUGGUAUGCGUUUGCUUGAGCGGAAAACUGCGACUGUAUGCACGUUGCUCAAGGCUAGUGUGUAUAGCAUUGUGUUGCAGCAGCAGAUCUGGAAUGAGAGUGAGGAACAGCAGCAGCAGCAGCAGAAUGAGCAAGAGCAGCAGUUCCAGGAUCAGGAGUAUCAGCACGGUGGGGGUUAUGAGGGGGGAGGGUGA